AAGAUCCGGAGAUCCGGAGCAAACGAGCGCAGUAGUUGAGACGCCACGUCGGCAGAACCAACAAGAUAAACCGUAUACUUUUUUUUUUUUAGGAAAAGUUGGAAGCCUCAACAAGUACGAUUAUACGUGCGUUGCAAUAGAGGGCAGGGCGUUAUUCGUAAAGAGCAGCGUUUAAUAUAUAUAUUUUUAACAAAAGUAAGAACUCAGAGGCGGAACAUUGCGAUAGUAUUUCUCAAGGAGACAAACGAGCGCACCAGUUAUUCUUUGUCUCAGGUGCGUUUUUUUUUGAAGACGUAGCAUUCUGUUCUGCAAGCGGCCAUCCGAAAGUACUGGAAACAUGGUGAAGAAGGUGAAUGCCACCCCAGAGCCCCAGCCUGAAGGUUGUCUUAUUGGAGAAGAACUGGAGCACACUGAAAAUGACCCCACAUCAGAUGAGGGAAAGGAUGAAGGGAAGGAGCACCCCGUGGCCCAGCCAGGCAUGAUCUGGCGGGUCGGGGGUGGCCUGUUCAGCGCCAGUAAAACAAUGGUUGGCGCCACGGUAGGAGGAGUCGCCUGGCUGGGUGGGAAGAGUCUGGAGUACACCAAAUCAGCAGUCACCUCUGUCCCCUCAAUAGGUGUCGGCCUGGUGAAAGGGGUUGCUGGGGGCGUGUCAUCGGUUGCUGGGGGCGUGUCAUCGGUGGGUUCCACUGUAGCCAGCAAAGUUCCGUUCAGAUCCAAGACUAAGGACAAGGCAGAGUGAGGAGGAGGAGAUGAUGGACACAACACACAAUGCAUUGCCCCCCCCCCCCGACUGAGCCAUAAGAGGAUGUGAUGAGUUGAGACAAAGCUAGUCACCGUGUUUUCAAAGUUCAAUGGACAUUUAUUUUACUUCUGUUAGUUUGUACAGCACAUCCACUAAGUUGUACUUGGGGAACUUGUUCAGCAGAGCCUUCUGUAGCCUCCCCUUUUCCCCUUUUAUGUUCUGUUCUCUUAGUCUGUAACCAUGUUUUUAUGCAAGUCAUAAAGUCAUAUCGUAUAAACAUUUUAAAAUCACAACAGCUGUGAUGGAAACAGGUAGUUUUGGUAAUUUGCUAUUUAACGCAACUGUUAUUCUGACAACUAUAGGUAGUUGAAAAUGAGAAGAAACAUUGAACUUGAGAUUUUUAUUGGUACAUGAGAACUUCAAGGGAAAAGUACAUUUUGUGUGUACUACGUCAUCACACACUAACUUAUCUGCAACAAGUAUGUUUGGUGGAAACGCCAUUGGUGGGAAACGCGUGUUUUCUUUAUUUGAAUAUUCGCAUCAAAAUCAGUCGCCAUUUGGAUGGAAACGUAGCUGGUGUUGAGGGAGAUUCUUGUUAUUCAGGGCAGGGCUCACAUGCGUCCCCUUUAUCUGCUGUCCUUACCCCCCCUCCGUUUGCCCUCAACACAAUUUUGCUGUGCAAUGUGUACAAGGGCUCGUCAUCUAAUACAACAUGGGCCCCUGAAGCCUAAAGACAUUGUCUAGCAGUUUGAGACAGACAUGCUAAGCUGGGUUCUUCUCCAACCAACUAAAGCCUGGUUUAUGAUGUGCUGGUAUUUUUGUUUGAUCUGUUGUGAGAGCUGUCCUAACAGAACAUUGCUCAUUUCAAAAUGCUACCAUGAACAUGUGUUGAAGAUAUAGCUGUUUAGGACUUCUGAAAGAGUUUGAUAGCAUUUACAAAAUAAGAGUUGGUGGUAUAUAUUCCGAGAGAGACAAGGGCCCUGUUAGGUUGCGGUGGUGGCAUUAUAACUUGGACCUUCGUUUUUUCAAUUGAUUCAUAUAUGAACUGGAAAUGUCAUCAAUUUUAUAUAAAAAAAAUAUUUAUUGAUGAAAGGCUAGUUUCUCUACUGCCUGUCUGUUUUGGCCCUUUUAUGUUUAUGUGAACAUUUCUAUGGAUAUUCAGCAUUUCAAUGCAACAUUUUGGGUUUGUCUGUCUGCAUUCUGCCAUGACUGGGCUGUUGCUGGUAGAGAAUGCUGAUGUGAAUGACUUGUAUGUUUACUUUCUGACAUGGUAUUAAAGUGUCAUAGGGAAGUUUAA